AUCAACAGACGGUACAUGUCCAUGUCCGCACAGAGUCAACAAUCCUUCAAGAGCUCCUUUCUUUGUGCUUCUGCUCCGAAGCUUCGACCGGACUCUUCUGCAACGUUUCGUGUUGUUAUUGCUCGGUAUAUUAUCAAGGAACCCUCCUUCAGCUCUGCCUUCAUUUCCUCCUAUCGUCUCCAUCGGUCACCCCUGAGCAUACAUUGAGAAACACGAUUGGAACAUCUGAUGGAACAAUAAUAGAUUCGAACAUAACUGUGGAUACACGAUUUUAUAUUUUUUGCUGCUCAGUUUCUUAUGUCUGGCGAGACAAUUCAUCAAAACAACGCCAUGGACGCCAAUCCGAAUCCCGAAGUCGUUCCUUCAACGUCAAUCGAGCAUGAGCACGAAGUAAAUGAUACCGUUGCUCAAUCAUAUGUGAAUAACCAGGACAUUCCGGAAACCACUGAUCCAACAGCUGUCGAGAGCGCACCCAAUGCUGAUUAUAUCGAGGAGCAAUCUCACCAAAACACAUACCCCGCAGAAUUUAUCUCGUCUUCACAAAACUAUAUCCCUGCUGAAGAUGAACAAAACUCAUCUCGAUUCAGCUCGCCAACUAUGUCUCAUCAGCAAAUCCCCCAGCAAUCGGCUUCACGGCCUGGUUCUGGACUAUCAAGUGGGGGAGAACGCUAUGGAUAUCCAAAUUCACAGCCUGAACAGAACCAAAAGCAGGUCGCCCAACCUUCGAGAAACAGUGUUGUUAUCAAGGUCGGGAUGGUCGGAGAUGCUCAAAUAGGUAAAACAAGUUUGAUGGUCAAAUACGUUGAAGGUAGCUGGGACGAGGACUACAUUCAGACACUAGGCGUCAACUUCAUGGAGAAGACCAUCUCAAUCCGAAAUACAGAAAUUACAUUCUCAAUCUGGGAUCUCGGCGGACAACGCGAGUUUGUUAAUAUGCUUCCUCUGGUCUGCAACGAUGCAGUUGCCAUUCUCUUCAUGUUUGAUCUCACACGCAAAAGCACACUCAAUUCAAUCAAGGAAUGGUAUCGUCAGGGUCGCGGCUUCAAUAAGACUGCCAUCCCUUUUCUUAUCGGCACGAAAUAUGAUCACUUUGUAAAUUUUCCUCGGGAGGACCAAGAGGAGAUCUCUCUACAGGCCAAGCGAUAUGCCAAAGCCAUGAGGGCGAGUUUGAUAUUCAGCAGCACAAGCCAUAGUAUCAAUGUUCAAAAGAUUUUCAAAAUCGUCCUUAGCAAAGCCUUUGACCUCAAAUGCACCAUUCCCGAGAUUGAAAAUAUCGGAGAACCGCUUUUGCUGUACAAAUCCGUAUAGCCAUCCGCCAUUAGCAGAGAACGGCCUAAUGAUGUACGCUGAACAGUGUCAUAUGUUUUGAUGAUCGAUCCUUAUAUCGCCAUUUCACCAAUACAAUCUUCGUAAUUUCUCAUGCCCUUAGAGCCGAACCAUUUCCACAAAUGACGUGAGGAAGUCUCAGCAAGUCUCGGGUCUCAGCAUUCAAUAUCGAACACACUAUUACCUCCAUAGAAGAACGCCGUGAAGCUCUUCUUGCUACAUCUCCUCACAACGUCGCAAUACUUGACGGCGUCAGAUUUGGAGGGCUGUUUUCAUUCUUUUCUCGAACAUUUUCCUUCAUCAAUUGUCUAUUUUCCACCUUUCGGUAGGGGUGAACAGGGGUCAUCUCUUACAUACAACUCUUUCUUUACAUUUUUCAUGACUGUACCACUGGCGAUAUGGGAUGUGCGACCUUUGUAACAUUGUAUACAGACCAAAAUUUCCUACUGUCAAAUAACUUCAACCACAAUUCGAAGACCGCUAGCAUG